GAUAUCUCAAUAGAUGUUGAUCUUGAUGUUGGUGAUGUUGGUUCAGUUGGUAAGAGUGCACGGUGAUUGACAGAAGGAUAAGCUGUAGGUUUUGUUUUGAUAUUUUAACUGCAAUGUCUUCGGAAUUGCUGUUACAAACUCUACAACAUUUGUCCCAAGCGGCAACAGUAGUAGACGGUGAUAGUAGGACAAACAAAUUACUCAACUGCUACUACUUGUCGAGAAUUCAAACUUUAGCAGCAGCUGAGAACGUUUCGAUAGAAUCGCCGAAUUCUUCAUGCCGAAAAUGUAUCACAUCGUUCAGAGACAGCAGAAACUUUUCACUUUCGAUCAAAGCUCGUAAGGUUCGCAAAGCAAAAUACAAGAAAUUGGCAACCAAUGCGGAAUGUAAGAGCAAUGGCACUAAAUUCAAAAAGAAGUUGGGACGGAAGUACAGCCGAUUGGUUUAUAACGUCGCCGAAAUUACCUGCAAAUUAUGUCAUUCAACGAGCAGAUCGAGCAUCCGAUUUGAAGACAAAGACAAAUCGAAACCAAAGUCCAUCGAACCUCCGAUAGUUCAAUUAUCGGCAUUGGAAUUGGUGAAUCCUAAGAAGCGGAAACGGGACAAAAACGCUGGUUUGAUACUGAAAGAUACCACAGCAUCAGGAUCGAAAAAUGUAACUGCACCACAACCGAAAGUCAUUCAACCGAUCAAAGUUCCACUAGCAUCACCAAAGGCGAAUAAGGCCAAGAAAUCGAAGAAUUUUCCAGCCGAAAAGAAAGCGAAAAAUGUAUCGGCAGCACAGAAGCAAAGGAAGGGCAUUCUGUUGUUGGCGAAUGUGUUGAAAAUGAACGAACAGAAACAGCAAAACAGUGGCACCCAGUCAAUGUUGAGCAAAAUGUUUAAGUGACUUGCGGGGUAGGUAAAUUAAACUUCGACUUGUUUGUGAUAUCAAA